AUGCAAGUGCACGGCCUGGACUUCGCUACUUUUCCAUGCCCAGAGUGCAGGACCACGGAACGCCAGCUCCAGUCGAUGGAGGCCGCCAGGUUGCAGCGGCAGCAGGUCGUCAGCAGCAGUGGGUCGUCAGCGGCAGCAGGUCACAGGCGCACAGCCGUCUUCCGGAUCCCCCUCACCCAGGGGGGGGAGCGCAGGAUCACCAGGGAGAACCGCCGCUCCAGGUCGCCGCCUCCCCGCGUCGUGGCCGAUUCGCCCAUCAUGCAGCCCGAGUCGCCCGGUGGGGCCAUCGUCCCGGCCGCGUCGCCCACUGGCACGGCCGUCGUCCCGGCCGCGUCGCCCAUUGGCAGGGGGCUGUCGCAGUCCAUAUCCCCAUCACAGUCUCAGCCGUCGCGGCCGCAAGGCCCUGCCAUCACGGAUGCCGAUUUCGGUUUCACGUUCACUGACAACACGGCGGCUGGCGGUGACGGGGCCCCGGUGCCAGACCCGUCCUUGGCUGCUAUUCGCGCCCUCGACGCCGUGCCGAAUGCCGCCGCUUUCCGAACCGCCCUGCAUCCGACGGGCUUAUUCAACGGCUUGCAGGACGAGCGGGGGACCCGAGAGACAGCCAAGCAGUGGCUGGGCGAGAUGCUGGCGGACCCUAGGGACCACAAGGAGGUGGGAAUGGAUCCCAGCUUCUCAAUUCGGCUCCUGCUCCCGCGCCCCUUCCGCACAGCAGUCGUCGCGGUGGCGUCGCGCGAGGGUUGGCAGCUCGAAGCGCUCAUGCAAGGUAUCAUGAGCAACGCGGGCUGGUUGGAGCACCACGCCACGGUGCUCGAGGAAACUGCGGAUGAGACGCGCUCCCGCAAGCCGACGAUUGCGAUCUUCGGCGCGGCUAUGCCAUCCACUCGCAAGACCUCCCUCGCCCGCUUCGUCUCGGUCAGCCUGCUGGACGACACUGACGAGGGGCGGCAGCUGCAGGCUUGCACCUGCGGUGACGCCACGCUGAGAGGAUUGUUGAAUUGUAUUUCGACGCAUGAGCGCAGCGGGCUGGUCAACGACGAAAUCACGACGGCUUACGACACCACCUUCAGCCAGGGGUCGCGCGGGUGUCACUACGCGGGAAAGCCGACGAUGCUCAAGUUCGUCAACGGCGAGCGCAGCAUCACUAUGACUGGGCAUGGGACCGUUAAUUUGGGCACCUACGGGUUCUUGCACCAGGUGCGGGGGCAGAUUCCAGCGGUCGAGGAGGUGCUCCAGCGUGAUUCCAUUGGCUUCCGCAAGAGGUUCAAUACCAUUUGGUUUGGCGAGGCGGCUGGCCACCCGACGCAGAACACCGAGCAGUCCACGAUUUUGUUGACAGCGUUCAUGUCUUGGAUGUGUCAGAAUGCCCUGCCCCAGCAGGAAGUGCACUGCUUCGAUAAUUUCUCGCUGUCCAUGUAUCGGGCCUUCAUGAGCGGCAUCUCCAAUUUCAUAGACAAGAAUCCAGGCCUCGACCAGCUCAUACGGGAGAAAAUGCAAUUCGCCGACACAGACAUCCUGCGGUUGACCAACGUCGAGUUCCGGAUGUGCCAGUUCUUAGAGCACACGUCGCCGCUGCGCCUGGUCGAGGAGGGGGCCCCCCCGCGCGACAAGUGGAGCUUGCACGAGCUGUGCCAUGCCAUCCACGCUUGGCGUCGCCAGGUGAGUCUGUACAUCGCGCACACAAAGUGGGGCGCCGUGCACGGGCCCAGGCCCGCUCCCGCGGGGGCCGGGGCGCCUCGGCCCCGCGCGGCCCAGCUGCCCAUUGACAUGCUGGCGGGCAACUUGAUUCUUGCGGAUCCGCGGUGCCGUGGCGUCGUGACUUCUGGCGAUGCCCUCACGUGGGUGCGCGCUCGGCUCAUGGCUCGUGGCGAGAGGGAUGUGGCUGGCCGGGUGCACGGGGCCAUCCAAGCAGCAGCAGCGGCCGGGGUGGUCGAGAUCAUCGCGGGUGCCCCUGCCGCCGAGGACGGCGCAGACGCCGCCCCGCGGGCUAGGCGGGGCCGGCGCGUCCUCAGGUUCAGGAAGAACCCUUGGGCGACCGUUCUGGCGAACGAAGUCGCUUCCGCCUUCGCGGUAAGCUUGCAGCUCAAUGCCGAUUCUUUCGAAGAUUGA